UUAAGUUCUUCAGGCUGCAAAUAAAUUCCACUUCACAGGCAAAUUCGGCUCGAAAAUUUUUGAUAAAUUUUUUUUCCGAUCAUUUUCUGCCGAACUUUGCCUUACUCACCAAUGGAAAUGAAGAAGAUUGCAUGCGCUAUCAUCUUCACUGCUGCCUCCAUGAGUGCAGUGAUGGCUGUGGAGGUUCCUUCUCCUUCUCCUUCUCCUGCCCCAGCACCAACAAGCGCCGCCACCGCUAACUUGCCGGUUGUUGGAUCAUUGAUCGGAGCCUCCCUUGCUUCACUCAUUGCCCUCUACCUCCAAUAAAGAAAAAAAAAAAAAUCAAGAGAGGGAGAGAGAAGUAUACAAAAGAGCUUCAAGAAAAAGAUGUUCUAACUAGCUUUAUUUGGCUACGAUUUUAUUUAUCCUUUGUUUUUAUUUGCUUUUUUUUUUUUUAUACUUUGAAAAAAUUUUCUCUUCUUCUCA